AUGAAGAUCUCAUCAAUCACUUUAUUUGCAGCAGUGGUGGCAGGGUCCUUUGCCGAAGCUGUCCCGGCACAUCGUCGUGGAGCGGAUCUGAAGCCCAGGUACUAUUUUCCGAGGGUCGUGAAGAGGCAGAUCUCCAGUUUCGAAAAUAUUACCACGACAGACUCGAGCAGUUCCAGUUCCACGGACUCGGGUCUAGGUAGCCUGAUAUCUUCGGUAUCUGAUGCUUUGUCCGGCGUUGCAUCACAAAUCUCGGACGAGUCCUCGACGACAACGACACCAGCAAGCACCGACGCACAGACGACUAGCACUCCUUCAGAUGAUCCUUCAACCGAUACGGCAACAGAUUCCUCAACCACUACCUCGGCGACAGAUACAAGCACCGCCACGAUCACAGACCCUUCGAGUAGUCCAUCUGCAACCGAUGCCCCUACCCUCUUUAACACCGAUACUACUGCGACUGGGACGGACACGGCAACCAUUACGGGUGCUCCCACGACAAACUCAACGUCCGACGACAGUGGCAUUACGCUUGGGCUUGGCACCUUCUUUAGUUCGUCAACCGACACUGCCACUGUCUCUGCUAGCACAACAGACACGGCGGCUUUGGCAUCAAGCUCUGCUGCAGCGGCGUCUGCUCUCUCUUCGGCCAGCGAUGCGGCAACUUCAAUCCUGUCCGUCGCGAGCUCGUUGCAAUCAGUCGCGGCGACUGCGUCCGGUACGGAUAUUGCCUCCAUUUCCUCAGCCUUGUCCUCGGCUGCCUCUGCGGCGUCCUCAAUUGCGUCCGAUGUGAGCUCAGCAAACUCCGUCAUCACCUCCGCAGUUGUCACUACAAGUUCGGGCCUGGACGAUACGACGUCAACGCCUCCAAGUACCUCGCCAACCAUCACGGAUGGCAGUACAUCGCCCACAGGUUCUCCGACGGAUAACGGGACACCACCUCCCACCAGUCCAACGACGACACCUACGACUUCACCCACGGAUGGAAUUUCAGACGGCCAGACCGGCAGUCCAACGACUACCACCCCGACAGGUGGUCCGACUGACAACCCUCCGACAACAACUCCUACUACCACUCCGAAUACUACGACUGAUACUCCGACGACCACGCCUGGGGGUCCAACCGACAGCCCCCCUCCCACAAAUACUGGAGGGACUGGCAACAACACCCUGACCACGACUCCUACCAAUACGCCAACCGAUACAGUCGGUGAUACACUAACCACCACGCCUACUAACACGGCCACCGAAACUCCUACAACCCUUCCACCAGUAACCCCAACUGUGACGCCUUUCAUUGGAAAUACCUCGGUCCCACUGACGACCCCUACCGCGACUGACAAGUCUACAACGUCCGGGCCACCCGUAAACACCGUCAAGCCUACUGGAACGGAUUCGGCGACAGUAUUCAUUCCAGAUUCGAGCAUCAUAUCCGCUACGACAUCUGCGCCCACCGAAACGUCCAAGUCAGCUUCAACGAGUGCUGCCGUUAUUCCGACAACACUACCUCGAGUGAUUCAACCACAAGGCGGUGUACCUGACGCGCCAGUAAACUCUACUUUGAUCCAGCUCGGGUUUAAUUACGGCCUCAACUAUGCGUUUGUGGUUUCGUCCCCCACUGCCGUAUCUCAGAUAUUCUCCUACCUUCCAGUCGGUGUUUCUCAUGGCUUGGGUAUUGACCUGGAUCAAGUGGUGAUGCAGUACUUGCAGCCAUACAACACUCUGGAUACCUUGAACUACAUUACCACUUUGGCCAUGGCAUAUAUCCCUGCAGACAAAGUCGACACUCUUUCUCUUCAGCUCCUGAACCCCAACUCUGAUCUCUACAACAAUCCAAAUCCGUCUGUGGUGACUUUGAUGGGCAUGAUUGACCCUUCAAUUCCUGUUCUGCCUGGGUCUCAGAUCGCCGGUGGUGGGACACCCGUUAACUCUGCAAAUUCUGCCGCCACGACUUCUGACCAGAACGGUACCCCUGAUGAUGGUACACCUGGUGGAUCCGACUCGGGAAGCUCACCAGUCCGGCCGUCUUCGGUUGGUAUCGCGGUUGGAUGCGUGGCCGGUGCCGCGGUUUACGGAGCUGCCAUGUUUCUUGUUGCACGAAGAUACAAGAGAAGAAAGGCUGGCCACCAACGGUCAAGCAGCAUGCAAUCAGGCAAUCGUGGCAACCGUCCCGGCGAACAAUCCAAUCUUAUGGUCGGGGCACGAGGCAGUUACGGUACUCGAUUCGGCGGAAGGACUUCCCGGACAAGUGACCGCAGCAAUUCUCAGCGAAGCGGGCGGACGUACAUCAGCCCACCUGUCAUGGCUGAGAAUAGUUUGGGAUGGAACUGA